AAGAAAUUAAACACGAAAAUGGAGAGACGUACAGACAUUGAAAAAUAGCGACUGCGUUGUCCACUACCAGCUGCUUCUCUUGCCUUGAGGUUGACAACCGGGAAUAGGUUUGUUCUUCUGGUGCUCGAUAAGUUGAGGGCUGACAGUGCAGCCCUCCUUCAGCUCCUCUCCCAGUCAGGUCUUUGCCGCGACCGGGCCUUUUUUACAGGGCGCGCUCACUCUCCCUAAGGUGUUUUGCAGCUAUGAGAUCCGGUUCUUCCUCUCUAGGCCUUUUACGGCAGGGUCGAGCGGCGCGGACCAUCAUGGAGCGCUAUCGACAGAUACGGCCUGCGCCGUAUGACACUGGAAAGCCAUCGCCAAAUACGCGAUUUAGAGAGCAAGAUCAUGCACAUGCAAUAGAGAAUCAGACGUCCUCGGAGAACGGUUCAAGCGCCUUCCGCCAUCAGGGAGAUUUUUUGUUCCAGACAUGUACGGAAGUGGACGUCGACGCGAAAGGACAAAGUUGUACCUCUAGAAAAGUCGAGCACUGUAGUACUAGUUCCGACGAACGAGACCAGGCAGCAAGAGUACCUUCCGACCUGGAAAUUCGACUUGCUCGCGAUGCCUUGUCGCGUAGUCCCUCUGAGUCCUCUACGAGCGGGGGGCGAGCCACAUCCGACUCUUCAGCGACGACGAGUCGACGAGCCGCGAAGAAUUUCUCCAGUAAUUUCGAACAAGUGCAACGUUUACGAAAAUGAUUACUUCUACAGAUACGCAUAGAAUAAUUAAUAGAGGAGAACGACUGUUGCAGGACUUCUAACAUUUGAUUAAUGAUUUUGUUUACGGACAGACGAGUCUGGUAACUUCUGCAUUGCGGUGUAGAACAAGAUGAACAAAAAAAAGUCGCAAAAGUAUAGAAGUAAAAGAACCGUUCUUGAUAUCUAUUCAGUAGUUUGAGUGUCCCACAUUUAAAUUUGUUUUCAUGGUAUUUGCCGUGCUUUCACAGCGUACCGACAUCGGCGCGCACUGGCUUCACUGCGUCUGGAACGGCUACGUCAUCUGCGGCAUCGAGCGCGUCUCCUACAAGCACAAUCUGGGAGAAAAGUCCACCUGAUGCGUGCGUGUUGCGUUAUGAUCAGCAUUUAAAUUCAUCUCUCUCUUUCUCUCUUCAGCUUCUCGAUACCCUUUUCCCUUGUAUUUCAUGGGAAAGGGGUCGAGAUGAAAGGGGUCAAGAAAGCGGACUCUAAUUGCGCGUUGCACUGCUCGGUCUUCCAAAUGCUGGAAAGAGUUCAUUACUCAAUGCUCUGGUUGGAGGUGCCGCGGCGGCGGUGUCUUAAGGCUUUUCCUAAUUCAAAAUGAAACUUGUUUUCUCCCUUGGUUGACUCAAGAAAUCCAUAAUUCAAAAUGAAAAUUGUUUUCUAGUACCUACUUGACUCAAGAAAUCCAUAAUUUAAAAUGAAAAUUGUUUUCUACCUUGGUCGACUCACGAAAUCCAUGAUAGAUGGUGGUCUGAUGUCAUAGUUGUUCCUUGAAAAGCAUCUUCGACGCCUCCUUUUGUCGAGGGAAAUCAUCUUUGACUCAUUUUUGAGAUGAAUCUAUUGUGGAAAAGACAGCUCUAAGUUUCACGGAAAGCUAAUACGACGGACACGGAUCAGGUGAGCGGCGUGGUCACACGUGGUAACGUCCAGCUGAUCCUGCAGGAUGCUCCAGGCAUUUUACCAAUUUUAUUGCACAAGAUGAUUUGACUCGACCUAUAAAUAUCUCAUUCGCAUUUCAUGGCGUCCUUUGAGUACUUAGUUAUAGGUCCUGCGACGCUCAAAGCACUAAGUAAAACAACCGGUUAGUUUUCACCUCCACACUCUUAGGCUUAUCCCAUGCAACAAUACUUAGCUACUUCACGAUACCGACAAUUAUCGCUAUCGCUGAAGCUGUUGACGGACUCGGGUUAUUCAUCAGUGUAGGUCUAAUAAGCGGCAAUGGGGGCAGAAGACGGCUGAAGUACAAAGAGCUGUCUCGAAAGGCUUGGAGUGGAUAUCAAGGGGCUGACGUGGUCUUACUAGUCGUAGAUGCUGUGAGGAGGCCUACUUCAGAAAUUUUCGGGCUUCUACGAAAGCUUGGCCCUCUGCCACCUCUGCCAGCCCAACAAGGGAGUACUUCUCUGCCACCUCUGCCACCAGGGAGUACUUCCCGCGUUGGCAAAAUAAUGAAAAACGACGAGUCACCAACAUCUUUUUUGAAUGAAGAAGAGAUUAAUAGACCGGCAUUUGGUAUUGGUUCCGCACGUUCUAGCUCCACCUCCUGUAUCAAUGUUUCUAGGCCUUUUUCCAUUCCUGGUGAAGAUUUUCUUUUGGAUGCCCAAAGUAUGAACGAUCAGCCACGAGGACCGAUCUCAAGCGCCUCAUCGCCACUUGUAUACGAUUCAAGUGUAGCGGUUGGCAAUCCAAGUCUCGCAGGAGGUGGUCGAGAUGAUUUUGAUUUGCGUAAGAUAGCAAGACGCAAACUAGCGGCGCAAACGGACGGUGAAUUUUCCGACUCUGUUGAUGUCGAGAAAGAACCAGAACGAACCGCGGUCAGAAAGGAGGAUGCUCGGUCGUUCGUGGAGGAGGAGAAGGAAGAGUUUCUAGAGGAAAAUCCGGAGCUAGCUCAUCUUCUGCCUGAUAAUUUUGAAGAGCUGCUAAUGUCUACUUCGUCCAGUCCGGGUGAGCGUCCGCCGCUUAUUUUGGUCCUGAACAAGAUCGACAAGCAACCCGAAUUCCGAUACGUAACGGCACGCAGGAAGGAGUUUACGGAUCGCGCGUCCUUCCUUAUGGUCAGCGUUUGUGAUCCAUCUUUCUCGGCGUCUUGGUGCCCUUUCUCCCUGUUGUAUUCUCAUGAGGAAUACUACACAAGGGAAGUAAAGCUGAUUCUGUGAGGAACACACUGUUGGAUUCUCAUGAGGAACACAGCGAGAUGAGGGGACUGAGAAGACGAAGCCGAAGUGAUGAAGUAGGAGGGCUCUAACUUCCGCAAGGUCUUCUACACUAGCGCAUUAGAGGGACGUGGGAUUGAAACUCUGGCUAGGUAUCUUGUGGAAUUCGCCGACACUGGUGGCCAAUGUGCGACAAGUUCCUCCUACAUUGUCCCCGAAACUUCCGAAUCUUCGCGUAUGAAUAACAGGCGGGUGAAAGAUCAUUCUCAAUUUGUUUCGGGAGAUACUCCACGACAUCUUCAGAGAAGUGCAACGUUAUCGCAAGAGGAAGAUAUUUUUGGUAGCACCUUGGCGGGCCACGACAGAGGCGGGGAAAAUAGUCGAUUCACUGCUUUGUCGGAUAAGAAUUUAGAUGCAUCUACUGGGCACAACCACAGCCACAAUAGAUACCGACGACCUUGGCUGUUUUCGCCGGAGCGGAAAAGUACUGCUUCUCAAGUAGAACAGGUGAAGCAACUUAUACGUUCCGCUAUGAACAAUCUUGCGGAAUAUCUUCUUAUCUUUUCUUAGCCGCUAGUUUUUUCUUGGAAGUAUGUUGUACUAGCGAAAUUAACUAAAGAAGAUUUAGUUCAUCUAUUCACUUUUCUUACUACACUACAUGUUGAUAACCAACUGUGGUCUAACAAAGAUGUUCCUUCUAAGUAUUUAAAAUAUGAGUUGCGGAGUUCUUCUUCUUGGCCGCUAUUUUCUCUAAUAUGUUGCUGUUCACCUGGUUCAACAAGGAUGUGCCGUAUAAGAUCGAGCAGGAAACUGUAGGGUGGAUGGAACACGAGGUUGUUGAGGAUGCUGUGGAGCAGACCACGGAAGAACAAAGCGCUGUGGAGCAGACUCAGGGAAGAGGUGCGGAAGAUGUAGAUCCGUCAUCAGAGACUUUUUCUACGAGCAGCACUGCCAGGACAAGCGAUUCUGAAUCUGAUACCCAUGCAAUCGAAAUGAAGAGAACUACAUUACUAGCCCACGACAUGAGUCAAGGUGAAGAGGCAAUGCUGUCGUCAAAGAUACAGCGUCAACAAAUGGAUGACGACGAGAAGCAAUCGGGAGGAUGCAACGGGAGUACAACAUGUCCUACUUCAGGGACCACACCUGCAGCAGCAGGCAUGAAAAAGAAGGUGAUUGUCAUAGAACAACAGUUGACCGUGGAGGACAGUAUUGUAGCCAGAAUGGUUUGUGGCGUUGGUGGGAGACUUAUUCAGCGUCUACGCGAAAAUGUGGCGUAUCAACUGGAGAGGCUGUGGAGCGUGGACAAAGUAGUCUUGCGAAUCACGGUGAAAUGUAAAAAGGCGAGGCUCAGCAGAAGAGACUUGUUAGAUAAAGCACAGGCAGCGAGAUUGCUGUAGUCUUUUCCCUUAUUCUGGUUUGUUUUCAGAGCCUUUUCGUAUUCAGAACGAUUGAACCCGGCAGCUGCUACAUGCUCAUGCUGUAACUCGUUUAGUUUGAUCUGACAUUCUACUGAUUUGAUUUUUAUGCUACUAGGGUAUUCGGAGGGAGGUAAAUAUAUGUACGUGCGGGAGAGAAGUAAACUGUCAUGCAGGAAAACUGUCAUGCGGGAAGAGGUUUCAGAACAUUUUGGCUUAGCUACUCCAGGUAAAUUCUAGGUUGUUGUUCUUCUUCUCGUACGGCAUCGCCAUGAUUAUGUUGGCUACUUAACUAACUAACGAUAGUAUUGCUACUAUGAAGUAGAGUGCCCACUAUUUCGUGUGCGCUUCAUCUUGGGCAAGACGCAUACUAGGGUGGAACACGGCAAUGUCGAUGCUGAGUUGUCUGCACAUCUAAUGACAGCACCGUAUCUAUAGGAGUAAAGGAUACGAGCUACUGGGAGACCUUCGUGAAGAAGGUGGAGAAGAG